AGCAGUGUACCAGCUUUCCCCGGGACAGUGCCACAUGCAGAAGCCUGGGGGGGCACAAUGUGGCCCCUGUGCAUGGAGCCAUGGCACCCAGACUGAGCCCCCGCAAGGCCAAAAGAUUCCUCUUUGCCAGCACCCUGUGUUUCUCCUGUACCCUGCUGUGCUACAGCCUGCUUCUCCGCAGCCCGCCUAGUAUGCACAUUGAGGGGUACCAGCAGCUCAGCUGCCCUCUGCCCCCAGCAUCAGGGGGCAAAAAACUCCUGCAGAAGAUGCCCCCCUGCCCUCUCUCGGCAGCUGCUCUCCCUCCCAGCAGCACAGAGGAACCCAGGACCAGCACUGCGUGGAGCGGCAGAAACCACACUGAGCACCCCCAAAUCAGACGGGUCUCCCCUAAACCCACUGAGCACCAGAUGUACCCCUUAGGGAACAGCACUGCCACCCCAAGAUAUGGGCACAAAAGACUCCCCCAGGCUAUUAUUGUGGGGGUUAAAAAGGGAGGCACCAGGGCUGUGCUGGAGUUUAUAAGGGUGCACCCCGAAGUUCGAGCCAUGGGAACUGAACCCCACUUCUUUGAUAGGAACUAUGAGAGGGGUCUGGACUGGUACAGGAACCUGAUGCCUCGAUCUGUGGACCGGCAAAUCACUGUUGAGAAGACGCCUAGCUAUUUUGUAACACGUGAUGCCCCACGCAGGAUUUCCCACAUGUCGCCCAAAGUCAAGCUGAUUGUAGUUGUACGUAACCCAGUGACCCGUGCCAUUUCAGACUAUACACAGACCUUAUCCAAGAAACCAGACAUCCCCAGCUUCAGCGAACUGGCCUUCCGCAAUCAAACCAGUGGGGAGGUGGACACUGCUUGGAAUGCUAUUAGAAUAGGACUUUAUGCUUUGCACCUCCAACCCUGGCUUAGCCAUUUCCCCAUUUCCCAGAUGCACUUUGUGAGCGGAGAGAGACUCAUCACAGAUCCUGCUGGUGAGAUGGCAAGAGUGCAAGAUUUUCUUGGCCUCAAGCGUUUAGUGACUGACAAACAUUUCUAUUUCAACAAGACCAAGGGCUUUCCCUGCCUCAAGAAGCCCGGUGGUGGAGGAGCACCACGUUGCCUUGGCAAAUCUAAGGGACGGACUCAUGUGCAGAUAAACACUGAGGACAUAGAGCAGCUGAGAGACUUCUACCGACCACAUAACAUUAAGUUUUAUGAGAUAGUAGGACAGGAUUUUCAUUGGGAGUAGAGCAGAUCCAGACACAGGCAGAGGUUGGAAUAUAUAGAACAACUUAUGUUCAGAAAGGAUAAAGGGAAUGAGUGGAAACAAAAGUUACUCGUGGUUGUGGGUGAGAGAGCAAGCAAGCUAACAGAGGCAAUAUCAAUAACUAGCAGACACGAGAAAAAUAGCUCACAACGUCAGGUAGAAAAUGGAGACUAGUCAGCUGGGUGAAAGAAUGGAAUAUUAUGGCAUAGGACCAUAGUGGAUGCAAUCGUUUAAUGCUCAUCGAAAGAAGUCCUAGCCUUUUCGCCGAAGGAAAAGGCAGCAAAGCAUAAGUUCUGCGAGAACUCUGAACAAUGAGAUUCAUAAGGUAGGAACUGGGAUUGUGGAGGAUAAAUCAAAAGCUUUUCUCUACAGAAAACAUAUUUGAAGAUAUAUCAUAGUCCCAUUACAGCAUCAAGUCCAAAGAGCACUGGUGGGUAGUCCUUGGAUGUAUUAAGCACACAAAUCAAUUAAAUGUCGAUUAACUAACAAUAAUCAUGGGAAGGAAUCGAAGUGCAUUCAAUUUCCAGUACUCCUAUCAGUAAAACCGCAACCAGGAGGCCUGUUGGUCCUACAACAAAUCCACCCUUUUAACUUGUAGAGGGAUACGAAACACGAUGGUCUGUAUGUAUUCUCAAUACAGUGUCUACUAAAGGACCGGUUUUACUGGAAGAAUUCUGUACGCUUAUCAGACCUCAGACACUUUACUUCAGAUAAAGCACAAAGUGAUAGAGAAAUAGAAACACAAGAGGACUGUUGGUGGUGGUACUACACUAUCCUAGACACACACCACAGUACUGAUGGUGUGAUGCCACAUUUCUGUUAGUCUAUGAGGGCAACUAGGCAGUGCUCUUAAAAGUUGGCGCAGAAGAUCAGCCCCGUCUGGUAGAUAUGUGUUUAAACAUCCUAUUGUGGGCUUUAACUUAAGUUAUGGUUCCCCUGGAUGGUGUCCUGUUAAAAAUGCUACUGUUACCGCUGAUAUUUAAUGUAAAGGUCUGUAGAAGUCAGAUCUGGAGUGUUAGUAUUAUGGACGAUGUAGAACUCAGACAACAUAUCAGACAUCAAACCAGAUUGUUUCAUUGUAUCCAGUUGGCUAUGUAUUAUCAACACAUCAGUUAUCCAAUGUUAUAUUCCACCCAAGUGAAAGUGAAGUAGAAUGUCCUGUCUACCAGAGAACUACAAGAAUUUAGUGGAUCUUCUUGAAUAUCUAAACACCUUUGAAAAAAGGCUCCUGGACUUUUGUGGUCUGUUUGCUAGAGUCCCAUAAAACCAUUCAACAAUGAAUUGGUUCAAACUAAAAACACAGAUAGUUCAAGGUUUAUUAGUUGUAGAUUUGUACAAGGCAAAAAAAAAUGUGGUUCGUCCGAAAAUUGAUUU